AUGAAAAUAUUGGAAUACGAUUGGCUUCUUGAUCUGUACUAUGAAAUAACAGCAGCUGCAGCUGGUGUUAAAAAACAUUCAUUAACAAUUGAUAAUGAUAAAAAGAUAAUAUUUAGUUAUUACGAAAAAGGUAAACAAGUUCCCGGGCAAUCAAGCAUGAUUUUUAUUCAUGGAUUUUCAUCGAACAAAGAAUCAUGGCUAUCUCUUUUGCAAUAUAUUCCUGAUGGGUACCAUUGUAUUAUAAUUGAUCUUCCACGUCAUGGAGAAACUGUUGAACACAAAGAAGACAAUCAUACUAUUGAUACUUUUAUUGAUAAAAUUAAAUUAUUUUUUGACCAAAUGAAUUUAACUAAAUCUCUGUAUAUCAUUGGUGCAUCAAUGGGCGCAACAUUUGUUGCUAUAUUUGCAACUAAAUAUCCCGAAUAUGUUGACAUGAUUUGUUUACUUGCACCAGUUCCUGUACGAGAAUAUGAAAGUGAUUUAAUAAAAGAAUUAUGUUCAGGAAAACAUUAUAUACUUUUACCAGAAACAUCUGAACAAUUUUAUACUAUGGCUGAGAAAUUGACAGUAAAGAAAACUAAUCUGCCAGAUGUUUUUGUGAAGAAAUAUUUUAAAUCAAGAUUACGACUAUUAGAGGAACAAAAAGAAAUCUUGCGAUCAUUUCUUUCAUAUGAAUAUCUUAAUCUUGAAGAAUAUUAUGAAAAAUUACAAAAUAUUAAAUAUCCAGUAUUAAUCAUAUGGGGUCGUCAAGAUCAAAUAUGUGUAGUGGAAAGUGCUGAAUAUUUUUCUAAAUUAAUUACUGAUGUAGAACUGAUCAUUUUUGAUGAUUGUGGUCAUUUUAUAUCUUAUGAUAAAUCAGAGGAAACUGCAGCAAACAUCAUCAGAUUUUUAGAUCAACAUUCUUAUUGUUCAAUUAAGUAA